CUCUCUGUUUUCUUCCCCCCCCCAAAAAAAUCAAACUUAGUGCCAAUGCCAACCUCCCAAUAACAAUUCCUAUCUCUCUUCCUAAUUUUCCUCCUUUCAUUAUCCUCUUUCUCUCCUACCUCCACCCUCCUCCCUCCUCUUUACCAACAAUGGGGAAGAGGGAUGUCGAGACCGGCAUUGGCGGCACCUUCUACCACUACACGCCACCACCUCCGCCGAUUUAUCCACCGCCUAGGGAGCCGUAUCUUUCGUGGCUAGUUCCUCUCAUAUUUGUAGUCGAUAUAGCUUUAUUCGUUUUAACAAUGUACGAAAACAACUGCCCCGCGACCCUUGUGGACGACCCUGAUCACCAAUGUCUUUUUCGUGAGCAUUUGGGCAGGUUUUCCUUUGAGCCUCUCAACAAGAAUCCCCUCCUUGGCCCUUCUACUGCUACGCUGCAAAGAAUGGGAGGACUUCGGUUAGAGAUGGUAAUACAGGAUGGUGAAUGGUGGAGGCUAUUCUCUUGCUUAUGGCUUCAUGCAGGAGCAAUUCAUUUGAUAGCCAAUAUGAUCAGCCUUCUUUUCAUGGGGAUCCGUGUUGAAGAAGAGUUUGGAUUUUGGAGAAUAGGACCACUAUAUGUGCUAUCUGGAUUAGGAGGAAGUUUGAUGUCUUGUCUGCAUGUCCUCCACAAACAGAGAGUUGGGAUAGUUUCAGUUGGUGCCUCAGGCGCACUUUUUGGACUACUUGGUGCCAUGCUUUCGGAACUCAUCACUAAUUGGACUAUUUACGCCAACAAGUGUUCAGCAAUAACAUCACUUAUUGUGGUAAUAGCCUUGAACUUGGCGGUAGGGUUGAUCCCAGGGGUGGACAAUUCUGCACAUAUUGGAGGCUUUGUUACAGGGUUUUUACUGGGUUUUGUUCUCCUAAUGCGACCUCAAUUCGGUUAUGUUAAAAGCAAGUACCUUCCUCCUGGUUAUAAACAGAAAUCCAGGCACAAGUUUUACCAGUAUUUCUUCCUCCUACUCGCUCUCAUUGCCUUAAUUGUUUUGUAUGCAUAUGGGUUUAUUGAGCUAUUUAAAUCAAUGGAGACCAGAAAUCAGAAUAGCUUUAGGUUAUUAGAAUAAUUCUGUUUUUCACAACAUCAACCAUCAGAAACUUAUUGAUGUUCUACACUGAAAUAAACCUAACUGGAUCACCACCGACAA